AGAAAAAGAUCCGCUUACCUGGUCUUACGUACGCAAAGAAGAAAAAGGCGCUAGGGCGCUAGACUAGGCACAAUAUUUUCACUCUCGUAAAAAAAGAGCAAGAAAGGUAGCGCAAAAAUAAAGAGGAGCAUUCUUCCUCCCUCCGUCCAAGUAAUCCUCCCUAUAGCCAUCUUUUGUAAUUAUGGCAGGUCCAUCAUCUAUACCCAUAUCACCUGCAAUAGGUCAGAGUGGAAGUACUUCAGAGUCACUAGGAUGGCGGGAUGCUCCCUCUGCUCUGCAAUUGGUACAAGCCCAUUACCUCGUUCGACAUGGAGAACGUACACCCGUACGAACAAGAUUAUUGAACGCAAAGCCUGCCAUUCCGGCAAGAUGGAAUAUGUGUCAUGCAGGUAAAGACUUUCACUCUACCGUCUUGGACUUGACCGGAUCUACCAAAACAAUUCGAGCAGACAAUUGGAAAAAUGAAGACCUUUCAGGAAGUCCCGUCUCGAUGAAGAUUCAAAAACGUGUCGAAAGCACAGAUGAAGGAGCACAAAACAUUUUGGCAACGCAACCGGGCGAAUGCAUGCUUGGAGAGUUAACAGAUUUGGGAAGAUCGACUACACAUUUGAUAGGAAGUCGGCUACGCAAACUGUAUGUCGACAAGUUGGGUCUACUGCCAAAAGAGUUACAAGAGAGUGACGAAAACAAAGUGUACUUCCGUAGCACGAAUAUGGGAAGAACGAUUGAAUCACUACAAAGCGUUGUAAGCGGAAUGCUUCCAGAGACAAAGGCAAAUCAUACUGGCAACUUCACUCCAACAAUGCUAAUAAGGAACGGUGUCACAGAGAAUCUGUUACCAAAUACGUUUGGCUGUGGCAGACUGCGCGAAUUGGACAAAAAGUUCUCGAUACUCGCUGCAGCUAUUCACAAUCCCAAGCUUGCCGCUCUGGAUUCACUCCUUGCGCCUCAUAUGGACGGUCAAGUGCCAAGAGUGGAUGGUCAUCCUCGUCUAAGCGGUAUCUUGGACACGGUACGGGCAGCAAAGGUUCAUGGAAUACCAAUUCCCUCGGCCUUUGAAGAUCCGAAAGUCGUCGAUGUUGUCGAGACUGCCGUUUGUGACGAAUGGUACACGGGAUACCGAGCGGAAGACGUAAAUGCUCGCGAUCAAUUUAGACGUUUGGCCAUGGGCAGAUUCUUGAACGAAUUAUCGGGACGGUUGAAUGAUAAAGCUUCGAAGCCUUCUUCUACACCUCUACAAAUGGCAGUCUAUUCUGCUCAUGAUACCAGUAUUGCAGGUAUUUUAGGGACUUUGGACGUUUUUGACAAUCGUUGGCCUGCUUUCACGGCUGCUGUGGGAGUAGAGUUGUUCAAAGAUACAAAUUCGGGCGGUCUAUUGAGUACGUUGGGACUCAAAAAGGAGCAACAUUACGUUCGUAUGAGAUAUGGUGACAAGGAAUUAGCACUACCGGCCUGCUCAGCUAGAGGCAGCCAUUUGGAAGGACGUCCGGAAUUCUGUACUUUGCAAGCGUUCACCAAGGCUGUUGAUGCCUUACGUCAUCCUCAAGGUAAAUCAUGGGAACAAGAAUGCGACGAAUCUCGCCACGGCGAAUAGAGAAGAUACGAUUACGAUAGAUUUGGAUUGGACAAGAUACUGUAUUUAUAGAGAUGCGAGGAAAUGAACAAAUUCCUCUUUACGGCUUCUUUUUCGAGAAGCUUGUGUGUGAUUUUUUUAAAGACUUCUUCCCCUCCCAUUCCCUUUACGACCCAUUAAUCACCCGUCGGUGCCAAAUACUCUAGCACCGUCGUGGUUUCAUGCCGGGUCAAGAUUGAUGAUUU